AUGGAAUUGCGACACCCGGAACACGCACCAGUAGUGACGAAAGUGAGCGAAUCGAAAACCACCAGGGCGAGGAGAGACUCCGGAAGUAGCAGCAGUAGCAGUGAUGAGGAAAAAAAGCCAAAAGAGAAAACCACGCAGGUCCAACUGAGCGACGCCUUCAAGAACCUGAGUACCCAGGAAGGGAGCAAAAGUUUUUCUUCGUCCUCCGCGUCUCACCAGGAAUUCAAAAGUUUCUCCAGUUCUUCCGGCAGCUCCCAGUUCCUCGGCCGGAAGGUCGAGUCCAGUUUCCAGAGCAGCAGCACCACUUCCGGAGUCAAAAUGACGCAAAGGGUGGUCACCUUGACCUCAAGCAGCUCCAGCAAGUCCUCCUCGUCCAGCACCACCAGGGAAGAGCAUUUCGUCUCGAGCUCAGGGGGCGAACGUCAGGAGAUGCGGAAAUUGGAAAAUUGGUGCGGAACAGGGAUAACGGGCGAGCAAUUGCUGAAGCAGGAAAAACUGGAGGCUGAGGUGAAGAAGGAGAUCGUCUCCGAGGGCAAGAAGAAAAAGAAAAGGGAGGUUGUCGGGCAGAAUGUUGGAGCAGGUUUCGACAGGAUUAAGUCCACAAUCAAGAAGCCCGGUUCUUCAGGAAGUAGCUCAUCCUCUGAAAGUGAUGAUGAAAAGAAAUAA